AUGGCGGCUUCAGAUGUUCAGAACUCCCCCGUCCCUACCGAGGCUAAGCUGGCUCGAAGGAAGAAGACGAAGGCGGACCGCACCGAGUCCCCCGCCCCCGCUGUUUCGACCACCGGUUCGGUUGCUGCGGGUGACGCCCAGGACGAGUCGGACAAUGCCUACAUCCGUGAGCUGCAGAAGAGCAUUCGUAAUGUUACCAAGAAGAUCACCAACACUGCCAAGAUUGAUGCCAUCAUCGCUGAAAACAGCAACAGGUCGCUCGACGACCUCGUCGCCUCCAAGGUGAUCAACGCCGACCAGAAGGCCGCCCAUCUCAAGAAGCCCGCUUUGCAGGCCCAACUGUUCCAGCUCGAGGAGCAGCUGUCUCAACACAAGAAGAUCGAUCAGGACUUCCGCACUAAGCUCGCCGAGCAGGAGAAGGCCCUGACGGAGAAGUUUGAGAAGGAGAAGGCCGACCUUGUUGCCGAGCUCGCCGACAAGUCCGAUGCGACUGCCAACACUUCCCUCCACAGCAACCUUCUCAUUCUCUCGCAGUUCCUCCGCCUUGCCGCGGCCCGCCGCGCGGAGGAUGCCGACCCCUCGUCCGACGAGAACCUCGCGCUCGAGGGCGUCCUGCUGCAGAUCUAUUCUGGUGACGACAACGCUGUGUCUAUCAUGACGAAGCUGGUUGAAGGCGUGGACGAGCAGACCCGCAACACCGCUGGCGAGACCCUCCAGACGACCUUUGCCCAGGUUAAGCAAGCUGCCACUGCCUACGCUGCUUCGUUUGCCCAGACCGAGACAGUCACGCAACCCACCGAGACCGAGACUACCACCGAGCCUAAGGCGGAGACCCAGACCGACCCGACUGUCGCUAAUGCCGGACUGACCGAGGUUGACGAAGGCACCGCUACCGCUCUGACCAACGGCCACAGCGAUGAGGCCACGGCCAACGCCGCCCCCAACAACGCUGACGUCGCCGACGAGGCUGCCAACGCCGCGGGUGAGAGUCAAUGGGAUACCGGCAACGACCUGUCGGCCUCGCAGGAGUGGGUUGACGUCAAGGUCCCGCGCGAGUUGAGCGAGCUCGAGAGCAACCCGGCCGCCGCCACUUCAGCGGCUCCUUCGCAGUCCUGGGCUGAUGAUCACCCCGAGACGGAGGCUUCCCCGGCUGCGCCAACCGCGCCCGCGGACGAUGGCUUCCAGUCAGUGCAGGGUCGCAACCGCGGCCAUCGUGAAGGUGGCUACCGCGGUCGUGGAGGUUACCGUGGCCGUGGCGGCUUCCGUGGUGAGGGCCGUGGCCGUGGUCGUGGCGGUCCGCGCGGCGGUUAUGCCCCUCGUGGCCGUGGUGGCCCGCGUGGUGGUGGCGAGGAGCACCAGCACUAA